AUGCCCACCGCAGUAGUGACGGGAGCUAACAGUGGCAUUGGACAUGCCUUUGCUCAGAUCUUGAUCAGUGAGGGCUAUGAAGUCCACGUACGACUGCCAAACUCAGCUCCAGCGUUGCCUCGAGCAUUGACACUGACCCUAAGGAUGAUAGGCGGCGGAUCACGAAGCCUCGAUGUGCGAGCCCCCGAAUCAAUCGCUGGCUUUGCAGCCCAGCUCGCCAAUAAGCCCGUUGACGUUCUUCUCAACGUCGCCGGAGUCAUGGCCCAAGGCGAGCAAGACGCUCUCGGCAACGUCACCAAAGAUAGCAUGACCCGGAUCUUCGAGACCAAUACCUUUGGCCCACUCCUCCUUACCCAAGCCCUCCUCGAGAACAUCUCCCAAUCGCAGAGCCCUCGGAUUGGCAUCGUCAGUAGCCGUGUUGGCAGCAUACAGGACAAUAGCACAGGAGGAUCAUACGCAUACCGAGCAUCGAAAGCGGCAGUGAACAGCAUUGGAAAGAGCUUGGCGAUGGACUUGCAGAGUAAGGGAGUCGUGGUGAGCUUGCUGCAUCCCGGUAUUGUGGUGUCAAACCUCAAUCCUGCUGUAGAAGGUCAGCCUGAAGCUGUACAGCCAGAGGAGGCGGCGACCAAGUUGUGGGCAGUGUUCAUGUCUAAGGGUAUGGAGGAGACGGGCAAGUUCUGGCAUAGAGAGGGUUACGAGCUGCCUUGGUGA